CUCUCUCUCUCUCUCUGUGUGUGUGUCUCUGGGCUCAGUGAGGCUCAGGGUCAGAGGAUGUCAGGUCGCUCUCAGAAGGCUCUGAAGCUCAGAUGAUGCUGGUGUGUUUGCUGUGCUGGCGGUGAGGAUGGACUCUCACACACUGCAGUGAAGGCUUCACACACUCUCUGGAGGAGCGGGCCGUGGCGCUCUGACUGGGAGGUUUCCCUUCUGAAGGUGUUAGGUCAGUCGUACAGGAGCUGCAUCAUGGCGGACGCAGCUGAGAGCGUGAAUAAAGACAUGAAGGUGUUUGUGGUGGACAGCCAGGCGUUCCCGCCCCAGGUGUCUGUCAGGAGGGACGGCCCGCGGCUCUCCGUCAUCUACCUGCUGCUGGCCGUGGCUCUGCUGGGCGUCUUCAUCGAGGCUGGGUUCAUCUGGCAUCUCUACAGCAGGCCCACGACAACGUCAGAUGACCAGAAAGUGGAAUAUAGAAAAGGAGACAACUCGUUUUCCAGAAGUCCACAUGAUUUUAAUGAAGUUUUGCCUGCAAAGCCUCCCAAAGCUGAGAGCAAACCAGCAGCAUUUCUGCAAAGUGCUUCGCCCGCGUCCGGCGGGAACGGCGUCCUGCACUGGAGGACCGACAGCUUCCCCGUGUUCAUGAGGGGUCUGGAAUACAAGAACAACAGCCUGUACGUCCAGCAGGACGGACACUAUUACAUCUUCUCCAAGAUCGCUCACCUGGAGAACUGCAACUACUUCAAGCAUCAGGUCAUGCAGUGGACAGAGAGGUACAGCUCCAAGGCCAUCGAGCUGAUGCAGAGCUCCAGGUUUAUCUGCGUCCCCAAUAACUCCCAGUGGAGGGGCAACAGCUACCUGGGGGGCGUCUUCCAGCUGUUUAAAGGAGACAGUGUGUUCGUGAAGGUCAAUAACAGCUCGCAGGUGCACAGUGAUGCAUACGAGAACUUCUUUGGUGCCUUCAUGAUAUAAGCACUGACAUACUGCUGCGAGAAAAUCACACACACAUGCACUCUCAGGUUCUCAUUCCAGUUUUUAAAUAUUAUUUGACAUUUUAUGAAUCUUUGCAAUAUAGAAUUGUGCUAUUUUUUUUUUUUACUUCUGCAGGUGAAUGAAAUAUAUUUAGCAUGUAUUGCUGAAAUCUGACCCUCAGAUCAGAUGCCAUUUCUCUAUUAAUCAUGUAAUCAUGUUUUUUAUUAUUAUUAUUAUUAUUAUUAUUAUUAUUUAAGAAAACAUGUUUCAGAUGCUUGUAAACAAAUUGUUAUCUAUCCUUAUGUAUUAUAAGCUGAAUAUAUAUAAUGAGAGUCCAAACAGCUGAUAAAAACAUCACAAUAAUACGCACCACUCCAGUUCAUAAUCCAUAAUAACUCUUCCUACAGUGAUAAAAUCCAUCUCCUGUUGUCUCUCACAUCAAAAUCCAGCCACAUAUUUAUUUAGAGCUGUUUUGGCGUGUAAAUGGUGCUUGAUCUGUGCAGAUUUUUCUCCCGAUUCAGACCAGACCACUUUUGGCGGAAACAUUAUUAUGGAUUAUGGACUCAUAUUUUCAUAUUUCAUAUUUCACAUUUCGAUUUGUUUCAGCUUUUGGCUUUACGAGACGUUAACUGAUGGACUGGAGUGGUGUGGAUUAUGGUGAUGUUUUUAUCAGCUGUUUGGACUCUCAUUCUGAUGGCACCCAUUUACUGUAAUGAAAGUAAAUCUGAUGAAUAAACCAACUCAUCUACAUUUUUGAUGGCCUGAGGACACUUUUGGUAAAUUUUCAGUUUUGGGUUAACUAUUCCUUUAAGUGCGUUCAACGAGACUGCGCACUUGAAUCGAUCAAACGUUCAGCUGUGCGUUCAUGUUCUGGCAUGGAGUGGGGGUGUGACAUUAUUUGAUUGUUAUUUAUAAAAGUGCAUACUGUAUUUUGAUAUUGACUGGAAUGUGCAUUAAAUGUGUAUCAUAUUAAUAAAAUAUUGCAAUGUCAGAGUCUUGUCUAGCGA